GGGGCGGGAGCCCCGGGCGGGCCGGGAUCAGCCCGCGGUGCUGCGGAGGGCCCGGGGGCGGCGGAGGCAGCCCGGCAGGUGGGGCGGGCCGGGCCGGCCGGUGGGGCGGGACGAUGCCGGUGAUGAAGGGGCUGCUGGCGCCGCAGAACACCUUCCUGGACACCAUCGCCACCCGCUUCGAUGGCACACACAGCAACUUCAUCCUGGCCAACGCUCAGGGCCGCUGUGGCUUCCCCAUCGUGUACUGCUCCGAUGGCUUCUGCGACCUCACCGGCUUCGCGCGCACCGAGGUCAUGCAGAAGAACUGCAGCUGCCGCUUCCUCUGCGGGGCUGACACCAGCGAGCCCGCCCUGCAGGGCAUCGAGAAGGCCCUGGACAGCAGGCAGGAGUACCAGACUGAGGUCUGCUUCUACAAAAAGAGCGGAGCUGCCUUCUGGUGCCUGCUGGACAUCAUGCCCAUCAAGAACGAAAAGGGGGAGGUGGUGCUCUUCCUCUUCUCCUUCAAGGACAUCACAGAGAGCCGAGGCAGGAGCUGCCCUGGUGACAAGAAAGAGGAGAAGCAGACGAGUGAGAAGCAGAGGAGUAAGAAGCCUGGCAGCUCCCACCUGAGGGCUGCACGGAGGCAGGGCCGGACCAUGCUGCACCAGCUCAGCAGCCAGUUUGCCCGCAGGGACCGUGGAGAGAUGAAAAUCAACCGUAAUGUGUUUGAGAACAAGCCGUCCAUCCCCGAGUACAAGGUGGCCUCGGUGCAGAAAUCCCGCUUCAUCCUGCUCCACUACAGCAUCUUCAAGGCUCUCUGGGACUGGCUGAUCCUGCUGGCCACCUUCUACGUGGCUAUCACUGUCCCCUACAACGUCUGCUUCACGGGCACAGAGGACAGUCUGUCAGCUGCUCGCAGCACCAUCGUCAGCGACAUCGCUGUGGAGAUGCUCUUCAUCCUCGAUAUCAUCCUCAACUUCCGGACAACGUACGUCAGCCAGUCGGGCCAGGUUGUGUACGACCCUCGCUCCAUCUGCAUCCACUACGUGGCCACCUGGUUCUUCGUGGAUCUGAUUGCUGCUCUGCCCUUCGAUCUGCUCUACAUCUUCAACGUGACCGUGACCUCGCUGGUUCACCUGCUGAAGACGGUGCGGCUGCUGCGGCUGCUGCGGCUGCUGCAGAAGCUGGACCGCUACUCGCAGUACAGCGCCAUGGUGCUCACGCUGCUCAUGUCCAUGUUUGCCCUGCUGGCCCACUGGAUGGCCUGCAUCUGGUACGUCAUCGGCCGCCAGGAGCUGGAGAGCAACGACCCACGCACCUGGGACAUCGGCUGGCUUCACGAGCUGGGCAAGAGGCUGGAGGCUCCCUACAUCAACAAUUCCGUGGGGGGCCCCUCCAUCCGCAGCGCCUACAUCGCCUCCCUCUACUUCACCCUCAGCAGCCUGACCAGCGUGGGCUUUGGGAAUGUCUGCGCCAACACCGACACCGAGAAGAUCUUCUCCAUCUGCACCAUGCUCAUUGGGGCGCUGAUGCACGCCGUGGUGUUCGGCAAUGUCACGGCCAUCAUCCAGCGCAUGUACUCGCGCCGCUCGCUCUACCACACCCGCAUGAAGGACCUCAAGGACUUCAUCCGCGUCCACCACCUGCCCCAGCAGCUCAAGCAGAGGAUGCUGGAGUAUUUCCAGACCACCUGGUCGGUGAACAACGGCAUUGAUGCCAAUGAGCUGCUCCACGACUUCCCCGACGAGCUGCGCGCGGACGUGGCCAUGCACCUCAACAAGGACAUCCUGCAGCUGCCCAUCUUCGAGACCGCCAGCCGGGGCUGCCUCCGCUCGCUGUCCCUGCACAUCAAAACCUCCUUCUGUGCCCCGGGCGAGUACCUGCUGCGCCAGGGCGACGCCUUGCAGGCCAACUACUUCGUGUGCUCGGGCUCCCUGGAGGUGCUGAAGGACAACGUGGUGCUGGCCAUCCUGGGCAAAGGGGAUUUGAUUGGAGCCGACCUGUGCAGAACGGACCAGGUGAUCAAGACCAACGCGGACGUGAAGGCUCUGACCUACUGUGACCUGCAGCACAUCGGCCUGCGGGGGCUCUGUGAGGUGCUGCAGCUCUACCCCGAGUACGCCAGCAAGUUCACAGCCGACAUCCACCAGGACCUGACCUUCAACCUGCGCGAGGGCAGCGAGACGGAGGGGCUCUGCCGCUACUCCCGGUCCCCGAGGCUGCCGCCGGCGCCACAGCCUCGUCCGGAGAGCGGCGCUGCCCCGGAGAAGCCCCUUCCCUCCAUCGUGGAGGAUGAUGAGGAGCCCGACGAGGUUUUCCAGCAGCCGCCUGCCAGCAGCUCCCGCCGCAAGCUGCUGCUGCCGGCCCUGAGCAGCUCGGUGCGGCGCGGCUCCCUGAGCAGCCUGCUGGGCGAUGAGCUGUGCCCGGUGCCGGCCCUGCGGCACAGCUGCCCGGCCCCGGCCCGCGGCAGCCGCAGCCCCUCUCCGCAGUGCCGCAGGGACAGGGAGAGGGGCGCUGGCGUGGGCAGGAGGCCGGCCAAGCUGCUCAUCCCCUCCCUGCACUCGUACAACCCCCCCGACCUCAGCCCCAGGGUCGUGGAUGGGAUUGAAGACAACGGAGGCACUUCAGAGGCACAAACCUUCUGCUUCAGCACGGAGCCACCGAGUGCGGCGAGGGACUCCCCCAGCUCAGCAGGGACUGACCCCGGCGGCCCAGCCCUGGCGAUGGAGGCAGAGCAGAUAAAGCAGAACAUCAGCAGGCUCAACCAGGAGGUGUGCUGGGGCCCACAGGUGGGUGCACGUCCCCAAAAACCCCGCGGGCCCCGGCCGCUGCUCACUGCUGUGUGUCCUUUUCCAGAUCACCCACCUCAACCAGGAGGUUUCUCACCUCAGCCGGCAGCUGCAGAGCAUGAUGGAGCUGCUCAGGGCUCACCUGCCGGCCUGUCCCUGCCGCCUGCCCGCCGCCGUCCCGGUGCCCGCCUCGCCGCCGGUGCCGCCCAGCUCGCUCAGCUCGCCCAGCGGCAGCCCCCGGGCCAAGCGCUGCCCGGUCCGCAGCCGCUCUGCCCACGCCGCCGCCCUGCACCCCGGGCUGGGCACCGAGGGGCCGCGCCCGCCGCGGGGGGACGACCCCGACCCCCGCCGGGGCUCGGACUCGCAGCCGCCGCCGCCGCCGCCGCUGCCGCCGCCGCGCUCCGCCCGCUCCUUCCCGGGCUGCUCGGCCGGCGCUUGGUGUCGCGCCCGCCCGCAGCCGCGCUCCGGUUCCACGAGCUCGCACUGACGCCGCGGGCACCGGCGGGAGCCGCACCGGGGCUCUGCGCUGCCGGUAACACUGGCCGGGGGUCCGGUAAUCCUGCCCGGGGAUCCGUGAUCCCGGGGGUCACCGGGGCUCUCUGCUCCGGGUGACACUGCCGGGGGUCACCGGGGCUUCCGGGGGUUACCGGGGCUCUCCGCUCCGGGUGACACUGCCAGGGGUCCGUGCUCCCGGGAGUUACCGGGGCUUCCGGGGGUUACCGGGGCUCUCCGCUCCGGGUGACCCUGCCCGGGGUCCGUGAUCCCGGGGAUUACCGGGGGUCUCCGCUCCGGGUGACCCUGCCCGGUGUCGGUGCCUCCGGAGAUCCCCGGGACGCCGCGCUCCGGACACACGCAAGGAUUUUGAUACGGUUUUAUACUCUUGGCCCACGGGGCCUUUUAUACAGCCCCAGGUCUCUCGGGGCUGUGGGACGUGGCGGGGCAGUGUACAGAUCUCCGGUGCGGUCUCCGGUUUGCUCGGGGGUCACGGCCGCUGCCGCCCCUCCGCGGCUGUAGUUCGCGUUGUUCCGCCCCGCCUCUCCCACGCUCCCCGCAACACCGAGAAAUAAAGGCUUUAUUUUUCCA